AUGACUUCCAACGCAUACCUACCAAGUGUCCCGAAAUUCCUGCUUCCCUCUUUCCUCACGGAUGCCCCUGUUUUGGCAGACGUCACGUUGACGGAUCUUGAAGACUUGAAGGACUUGAUGAACGUGAACAUUGAAAGCAACAAGGAUCUAAUCACCGGUAGCUGCCGAGCGAAGGUACUAAAAUGGGGUGAGGAUGUCACAGAGUUCCUGCCUUCACCUAACUACAUUUUGAUGGCGGACUGCAUAUACUAUGAAGAGUCCUUGUGUCUGCUGCUGAAGACCCUUAAAGAUCUCUGUAGCCUGGAGACUUGUAUCCUGUGCUGUUACGAACAAAGAACCACUGGGAAAAACCCUGAAAUUGAAAGAAGAUUUUUUGAGGUGAGAUCAUAGAGCCCCCCUUGAUAGGUUUAAAUAUUUCUGCU